GGCGGCCAUCUGGGCGCAAAAUGCGAUCCGUGAUAUUUUUCUUUCUUCCUCUUAAAUAUGUCAUCAUUAAAGUUUCUUUCAAAUUGUCGAUACAUCGCGUCGCCAUUUGCGAAUGUACAAGAUCUCUCUUGGAGGCUCCUUCUCAGGAAGCUUGGUGUUCAUCUGUGCUUCACUAGUGUGGAGAAAACAUUUGAUAACCCUAUCAAGACUAUCAACAUUGAAACAAAUACACGAGACGAUUUUUCCGGAAUUUCAACGACGAAACGAGAUGAUCGGCCUUUGAUCGUUCAGUUGUUUUCAGAAGACCCUGAUACUCUUGUGGAGGCAGUAAAUGGAUUAGAAGACUUUUGUGAUGCUGUGGACAUCACAUUUUAUAACAGCUCCAGUCCCAACACGCUUCUAACUAAUGGUCAACAUCAUGAUAAAUGGAACUCUUGGCUCAACUGCAUUCAGAGAGUUCACCAAGAGUGUAAGGCACCUAUUAUGUGCAAGCUUCCCUUUGGUCAACAAGCAGUUGAUGACACAAUAAAGAAGGGAAGAUCACUCCAAGAAGUGGGAUGUGAGCUUCUGUUGCUCCAUAAACCAAAACCAGAGAAGAUGAAUUCCAUUGUUACAAGGAAGGAUUGGGAUUCAGUUAAGGCCAUCCGAGAGUCUGUUUCCCUGCCAUUAAUCCUUGACAUUAGCUCAUCCACUCUGUGGGAAAUUGACAAAUGUAUAGAAUACACUGGUGUUCAUGGUGUGGCUGUGUCAGAAUCUUUAGAAGGAAACCCAGCACUAUUCUGCAAGAAACAGCCGCCUGUUAUAGACGUGGCCCAUCAAUACUUGGAGCUGUGUGGACUUCAUCCAACACCUAUUCCUAACAUCAAACACCAUCUCAAUGGAUUUUGUGGAUACUUUCUUUCCAGGUUUCAUAAUCUGAGCACCAGCAUUGAAAAUAUAGAAAACUUGGAGGACCUUUUACUCCUGGUUGGUGAACUCGAGAGAGAGAUGUCAUUGCUUUCUAAAAAUGAAGUGAAGUCUUUAGUGAGGAUGAAAAGGAAAAAGGAAUACUUCAAACGAAGUCGUGAAGAAAAAAAAGCUGAAAAGAAGUCCACAGUGGAAUCAGAGCCUGCUGCAGCAAUAGGUACAGAAGAAAAUCACAUUCCGAAAACUGUACUAAAGGAAAUUCAAAAAGAGAGAGUAGAAAACGCAAUGAAGAGCGGUGGACAGAGAGUGGCCAUUGAUUUUACUGUAUCGGAUGACAUGCGCAAUAAGGAAGUGACCAAACUUGCUGCUCAGGUGCGACAGCUGUAUGGUUCCAACAUGAAGUCAGUUUCGCCUGUUCAUCUCCAUCUGACAGGACUAGUGACGGGCAGCAGAGUAUACCUUGAGUGCGUCAGACAGUCUCUGGACUUCAGUAAACUGAUGGUUCGCUUUUCAGAGGAGAGUUUUUUGACCUUGUUUGACCCUGAUGAAGUUGUAUAUCUCACACCUGACUCCCCCAAUGAACUUGAUCAACUGAACAAAGAUAAAGUGUACGUUAUAGGCGGACUUGUAGAUCAUCAAUUACGCAAGGGUAAGACGAGAUCUCGAGCGGAAGCUAAACAAGUGACUACAGCCCGCCUUCCCAUCGACAAGUACAUGGAGAGAAAGAAAGAGCCAGGAUAUCACUCCUUUUCAAACGUGCUCUCAGUAAACCAAGUUUUCGAUAUUUUGUUGAAAUUCCACGAAACUCAAGAUUGGCGAUGUACUUUGGAGACUUGUGUACCUCCUCGCAAAGGAUUAGUGUUAAAGCAGCCGUAACCCUGGUCAGUGAAAUCACACCCCCGUCAUGGUUCAAAGACAGCGUUGUGGUGAGCGCCACAAGGUCAAGAACUCAAUGAAGACACUUGAAUUGUGAGACAAACUCCUUCCCAGAGCCCACGUGUCUUUUGGUCAGCUCCGUGUCUUGGCGCUGACCAAAAGACACGUGGGCUCUCGGAACGAGAUUGCUUGUGAGAACAAAUUACAACACGACCUGUUGUGUAGUGUCAGUUUUCAAGAUGGUGGGCACAUCAACAGAUUGCUGCACUCGAUAGUGCAUCCUCAAUCGCCAGUUGUACCGAGAAACAUCCGGGACGAAAAUCCUCAAGAGAAUCCCAGACAUUGAUAACAAACUAGUGACAAAAGGAUGUUUUACAGCAAUUUCCUGCGCUAAUCUUGCAUCUGUGUGAACAAAACUUUCAUGUAUGGCAAUUCAAGUGAAAGUUGAACCGUUCUUAUUGAUAUAGUAUUGACAGUUCACAAUGAACAACAGCCUGGAUACAGCGGAAUGAAAAGACAAGAGCAAAAAACAAAAGGAAUAGAAAAAGAUAAUCAUCACUUUAACCCACGCGAAUCUUGCCAUGUUUCAAUUUAUUUACAUCGAUGUAUUUACACAACAGGGUCUUUUUAAACAUAAUUCCUCUGCGCUCUGACACGUUGUACAAGUGAGUGGUGAUAUAAAGAAUGCCACACUUGGCUCAGAAUAGAGAGAUGUCACGGCAGACAAUGCCAGUGAGAUAUUUAACGUCUUUGAAGACCUUCAAGGAGAAACUAUGAGGACGUUAACUGACAAAUAUCGGUAAUAAAGUACUGUAUAUUAAA